AUGGAAGCUACUGCAAAGGCAAACAGAGCAAAGAAUCGGCUAUACAAAGUCCACAUGAGAAUAAGAGAGACAGCACAACUGUACCUAACAGAAACAAGCGAGUCUAGUAGAUGGCAUGCGAGGUUGGGCCAUCUAAACUUUGAGAACCUGAAGACGAUGAUAGACAAAGGAGUUGUACGAGGAAUCCCAAGAGUGAAUAUCGAAAAGAAGAUAUGUGGAGCAUGUCUACUUGGGAAGCAGACAAGGCAAGUGUUUCCACAAGCUUCUUCCUUUAGAGCAAGCAAGAAGCUUGAACUAGUUCAUGGAGAUCUCUGCGGGCCAAUAACUCCAAGUACAGCUGCUGGAAACCGAUACAUAUUCGUUCUCAUAGACGACUACUCCAGGUACAUGUGGACAGUUCUGAUGCAAGAGAAGAGUGAAGCUUUUACAAAGUUUAAAAACUUCAAGAACUUGGUGGAGCAAGAAGCAGGAACAAGGAUUCAGACCUUCAGGACAGAUAGAGGUGGAGAGUUCUUAUCACAUGAGUUUACUCGGUUCUGUGAAACUUCAGGUAUAAAGAGGCAUCUUACCGCUCCUUAUACUCCUCAACAAAACGGCGUUGUUGAAAGGCGAAAUAGGACUCUGAUGGAGAUGACAAGGAGUAUAAUGAAGCACAUGCAUGUACCAAACUAUCUCUGGGGAGAAGCAAGGAAAGAAGCCAAUUCGAUCAUCAUACGAAUUUUCGGGUGUAUUGGUUAUGCAAAGGUGGAGAAGCCUCAACUCAAGAAGCUAGACGACAGAUCGCGUGUCCUUGUGCAUUUAGGAACCGAACCAGGGUCCAAAGCUUAUCCGACUACUUGA